UGAUGGGUGGGAGGCGCCUGCCCACUCUUUACCCUGUUUCCUCCACACCCCUUUGUUUACACCUUCAUGCCGGUCAAGCCCAGACAGUGAAGACUUCAGGGAUAAAAACAAUGUCUGUUUUUCUGUUCAGCUUUGCUAUUCUGCUUAGAGUAUCUCAUGCCUCCGAGUCAGUGCCUCCUGCCCAGUUUGGAGCGCCUAGUCUUGGGUUCAGCUCAUCAGUCCGCCCGGUUUGUAAACCCAUCCCGAGCACACUGUCCCUGUGCCACGGGAUCGGCUACAGGCGCAUGUGGAUCCCCAACUUACUCGGCCAUGAUUCGCUAAAAGAGGCCCAGCAGCAGUCGGCGGCCUGGCUGCCCCUCAUCUCUAAGCUGUGCCACCGGGACACCAAGAAGUUCCUGUGCUCACUGUUCGCCCCGGUGUGCCUCCCGGAGCUUAGCGGGCCGGUCAGUCCCUGCAGGAGCCUGUGUGACGCCGUGCGGGAUGGCUGUGUUCCUGUGAUGAGCGCGUUCGGGUUCCCCUGGCCGGAGAUGUUUAACUGCACCCGGUUCCCACGCGGAACCGAGCUUUGUAUCCCAGCAACGGGAGAGCAGGAGGGGCGGACGGACCAGGAGGUUAGGCAUGAGGAGGCACUGAAAGGGAGUGUUAUCUGUGAUGCCUGUAGUCUGGCUGCUGAAGGAGAGACAGACAUCCAAGAAAAUUUCUGCCACAGUCCAUAUGCCUUAAAGAUGCGUCUGGGCAGUGUGUCAACAGUGGGAGGUGACCGUCAGAUGGUGCCUCUGGCCCGCAGCCGCAUCCUGAGGUGGGCAGGGGGAGGUCCAGAGAGGGCAGAAGAGAUUGCAGGCGCGAUGGCCCACGGGGCUUUGUGGCUGCAAGAAGGUGGCAGCUGUACUUGUCCGGGCUUAGACUCUGUAGAUACAAAUGAAGACACAGAGCGAGGGGAGGAGCAGGUACAAAAGAAACAGGGAAAAAAAGAAGUAAAGGUGGGGAAUGCAGCCCUGAGUGGAUGGUACUUGGCACUGGCUCAGGCUGAGGAAGGUAGACUGGUACUGACUCGACUGGUGAGGUGGACCAGAGGAGACAAAGAGCUGAAGAAAUUCAUCAAGGCUCUUCUUAAACAACCCUGUCCACAGCUUUGAACAGCAAGUUAUCAAAAGCUGUAUUCGUUGUCUGUAAAUGCUGCUUUAUGAACUCGCAACUGCACUGCUUUACUAUUAUUUGACCAUUGUAAGUCACAACAGUCUCACAACAGCUCAAAUCUCACUUUUUUCUUUUUUUGUUUUUUGAUUGAUAAGUUAAACAUUCAUCUUAAAAUGACAACUAUAAAACAACCAAAUGUUAAGAUCGAAUAAUACCAACAGAGGAGAUGUAGUGAAAAACGAAAGGAUUGAAAAUGGGAUCAAUAAUAAAAUGUUUUAAUUUGA